AUGUUUGGCUUAGGUGGUGCUACUCCUCAAAUUUCAUCUCAACAAAAACUUCAAGCUGCUGAAGCUGAAUUAGAUAUGGUUACUGGGAUGUUCAAUGCUUUAGUUUCUCAAUGUCAUAGCAAAUGUAUCAACAAAUCUUAUAAUGAAGCUGAUAUUUCUAAACAAGAAGCUUUAUGUCUUGAUAGAUGUGUAGCCAAAUAUUUUGAAACUAAUGUUCAAGUUGGUGAAAAUAUGCAAAAAUUAGGUCAAUCCGGUCAAUUUAUGGGUAGAAGAUAA